AUCUUUCUCACACACAUCCAAGAUAUAUUGCAAACACUUGAUCAAAAAAGAAACAUAUAUGGAAACUCCAAAAUCAUUCCUUCAGCCACCAACUUUUGGUAACCUAAUAACUGUUUUGAGUAUUGAUGGAGGUGGCAUACGAGGAAUAAUUCCCGGGACAAUCCUUCAGUUUCUCGAGUCUGAGCUUCAGAAACUCGACGGUAAGCAUGCAAGACUUGCAGAUUACUUCGACGUAAUUGCUGGGACUAGCACAGGAGGUUUGGUGACAGCCAUGCUAACUGCACCCGAUGAAAACAAUCGUCCAUUGUUUGCGGCAAAGGAUAUUAACAAUUUCUAUCUCGAGCAUAGCCCAAAAAUCUUUCCUCAAGACAGUUCCUAUUUUCCUGGUAUUAAAAAGAUGAUGAAAGCCUUUUGGGGGCCAAAAUAUAAUGGAGAAUAUCUUCAUAGCAUCAUUAGAGAAAAACUUGGAAGUACAAGAUUGCACCAAACACUUACUAAUGUGGCAAUUCCAGCUUUUGAUAUCAAGGAACUUCAACCAACUAUUUUUUCAACUUAUGAGGUGAAACAUACCCCUGGCAUGAAUGCUUUACUUUCGGAUAUAUGCAUCUCAACGUCAGCAGCUCCGACGUAUCUCCCCACGUACCAUUUCCAAAACAAGGACCAUUCCGGGAAGGUUAGAGACUUUAACUUGACAGAUGGUGGUGUUGCUGCAAAUAAUCCGACUCUAGUUGCGAUUGGAGAGUUGACGAAACAAAUCAUGAAGGGAUCAUCAGAUUUUUCUACCAUAACCCAAAUGGAUUACUCGAGGCUUUUGGUGAUAUCUUUGGGGACUGGUUCAGCUAAAUACGAAGGGAAAUAUAAUGCAAAAGAUGCAGCAAAAUGGGGUGCGCUCAAUUGGAUCUCACAUGGUGGCUCCACCCCUAUUAUUGACGUUUAUUCUCAAGCAAGUGCUGAUAUGGUUGAUUUUCAUCUCAAUAUUAUUUUUCAAACCCUUGAUUCCGAAAAGAAUUACAUACGAAUUCAGGAUGAUAAUUUAAGCGAUGGACCAAUAAGCUCAGUAGACAUAGCCACGAAACAAAACCUCGAAAAUCUUGUCAAGGUUGGAGAGAAAUUGUUGAAGAAACCUGUUUCGAGAAUGAAUAUGCAGACCGGUGUAAUCGAACCUACUUUUGAUAAUGAGACCAACGAACAAGCUCUGAUUAGGUAUGCACCACUAAAUGGACUCAAUAUUUUCAUAUAUAUCGAUAUUACAAACUAG